GUUGCUUAUUAUAAACAAAAACAUUAUUACUUGCCUGCGCUUUGAAGAAUCUCUUCACAAAUGGACGGUUCUUUUGCCAAUAAGGUCAUCAUCUUCCUUUGGUUGAUAGCUGUCACCUUUUGCCCAUCCGCUUGGGUUGAAGCUGGAUGCAGCAAAGAACAGAACAGAGCUCUGUUGGAGAUCAGAAACUCUACAGAUGGUCUAGCAUUCGACGAUUUUGACGGGAGUCAUUGUUGUCAUUCACGUCAUAGUAUCAGGUGUGACAAAGAUCAUGGGAAAGUUACCAGUAUGGUUCUAAACAUGGACCGCAUGAAGGUGCCGUCAAUCACAUGGUAUCCGAAUGUGACUUUGUUCACCUUAUUCAAUGAACUUGAGGUUCUUGAUCUUAGCAGCAUGAACAUCGGAGGAGAGCUUCAAGCUUUUUGUGGACUGAAGCAAUUAAAAUAUCUAAGGAAGUUGUACCUUGGGAAUAAUACAUUGGAAGGUAAUAUUCCCUCUUGUCUUGAGAGGUUGGAAGACCUUGAUCUAUCGGAUAAUCGCUUGCAGGGCCAUUUACCUUCAUCGAUUUUCUCUAACCAGAGCAAGAUUAUGAAAUUUAAAGUCUCUGGUAAUCUUUUAGAAGGGGUGUUGUCAUUUUCCAUAUUUGCCAAUGCUUCUAAUCUUAACUUACUCGAUCUCUCAAACAACAAGUUGGAAGUUGAAACAGAGUCUCCCUCUUGGGUGCCCAGCUUUCAGCUAGGAUCUCUGUACUUGGCAAACUGCAACCUCAACAAGAAGAAUGGUCACAUUGUCCCAACCUUCAUAUCCACCCAAUAUUUAUUGUAUUUGCUAGACUUGUCUGACAACUCAUUAGAAGGAAACAUUCCUUGUCAACUACUUUUCAAUAUGAAUAUCACAAAUUUGUACUUAAGUGGCAACAAAAUUGAUGGUUCUUUCCUUGACUGCUCUACUAAUGGAACUUCACCACUUAAGUCAUUGGACAUAUCUGAUAAUCGUAUCAAAGGCUCUCUUCCAAAAAAUAUUGGAUUUCUUCUUCCAAGCAUAAAUCUCAUUGACAUGUCCUCAAAUGCAUUAGAAGGCAACAUUCCUUGGUCCUUUGGUUAUUCGCCUCUCUUUUGGGUAGGCCUUUCUCAUAACAUUCUCUCAGGAAAAAUACCACAAAGUUUGACUAGAUCUGGCUCACAACUCAUGGUUCUAGAUUUAUCAAACAACAAAUUGCAAGGACCAAUGCUCCCAAAGGAUGCGAACAUGACAAUGUUGAGGACCUUACAUCUGAGUAGCAAUAACUUCGAAGGAGUAAUCUCCCCCACCAUCUUAAACAGUCCAGACUUAGGACUCCUAGAUGUUCGAGAUAAUGACUUGUCUGGUAAUAUUCCAGAGUGGUUGUAUGAUCAUUCUCACUUGGCAGUACUUAUUUUAAGUGGAAAUCGCUUUGAAGGUCUCCUACCCCGAAGACUAUGUCGGAUGACAACACUACAAGGUUUUGACGUCUCUUACAAUCGUCUUUCAGGAGGUAUUCCCUCUUGCCUUGAUAACAUUACGUUUUGGAGCAAGAGUUCUCUAAGCGUUGCUUACUGGAAGACUUAUAUCACAAAAAUUUUUCUACAAUAUCGCAACAUAUUUAUAGAGGAAGAUCUUCAAUCUAUCAUAGCAGCAGAAGCUCUGCCUUUGCUCAUAAAAAAUAGGUUUUAUACUUUCCGAGGUGAUCCUCUCUUGAUGAUGACCCAUAUUGACCUAUCAUCUAACCAGUUGACAGGUAGCAUUCCUUCUGAAAUAGGAGAAUUGUCACAGCUUCUAUUCUUGAACUUAUCGAAUAACUCUCUAACAGGUUCCAUUCCAAUCUCUUUUCGAAACUUGAGAAGCAUGGAGAGUUUGGAUCUUUCUCACAACAAGUUGAGAGGAAAAAUCCCUUCUGAAUUGGUUGGACUCACUUCUCUAUCUAUAUUUAGUGUUGCCUACAACUAUCUGUCUGGAAAAAUCCCAUUUGAGAAUCAAUUCUCAACUUUCACAAGCCAAUACUAUGAGGGUAAUCCAGAACUAUGUGGAGACCCCCUGCCAAGAAAAUGCUCAACUGCAAACCAAUCAAAACCUGAAGAAAAAGAAGGAAUUAGAAUGAUUGAUCACCCUUUCUUCUUCUACGCAUUUGUAACUGUGUCGUAUGCACUCGGGUUUUGGGCUUUCUUUGGGAUCCUAAUCAUUAAAAAGAAUUGGAGGCACAAGUAUAAUAGAGUUGUGGACGGAUAUAUUGAGUCUUUGUUUGAGUUGCUCUCUAAGUAUAGGUGAUUACCAAUCAAUUAUGUGGGCAGUUUUAUGAAAUAUCUGUAUUUCAAAGCAUCACUUAUCUUCAAUAAAGAUGUAGAACUUCUUGCUUA